AUGUACUGCCUCUCCACGGAUCCAUUGGACGGCAGCGAAGGACUUAGUGCGAACGGAAAACGCUCCUCCUCGACCUUCUCGAAUGGAUACCGCCGCUUUGAGACUCCGGCAGCUUCCACUCCCGUCACAAGCCCAAUUCUCACGAAGGACCUGCCACGCUCUGCCCGAAGCAAACAUGCAGCGAUGUUUGACCUGAGAUCCAUGGAGGCAAUGACGAACGGUUCCCGGAAACGGAGAAGAUGCAAUUCCAUAACCCAGGAACCUACUAAGCUCCCGCGUUUUGCUGGGGAUCACCGCUCCGCGAUUCCACCUUCGUCUCCGACCAUUGGCCGACAGCGUCCUGCAGUUCUUGUCCACACUGCUUCGUUCGUAUCGCAGUCCGAUACCAUCCCAGACGAUUCACUGCUAUCCCCCGAGAAAAUUUCAGAGCAUGACAUCGACCCGGAACUCCCAACAAGCGCUUCAUUGAUAAGCUCCUCUCCUCCGCGUACGCCAUCCCCGCGACACAAUCGGCUUCCCAUCAAUAACCGUAAUAACCAAGAUGGCGCUGAUCUUCUGAUGUACCUUGCAAACUCGCCCACUCCCAUGAAUCUUGGAGAGAAAGGACGUGUUCCCGACUUUCUUCCUUCCACCCCGCCUGCCCAACACACCUACCUGCCCUCCCUCCUGUCCACGCCUGGUGGAGGAUUCGGAGCGAAUUUCAGCACACCCGGCCAGCCAUUCAAUUUUGCUGACUUUGUCAAUGUGACUCCAAGCCCUGCCCAGCGGCGGUGGGGCAGCCGUACUCCGCAGGUUAUUCCAAAGACCCCAACCACGACGAAGGAAGUGCGGAAACGACUGAACUUCGAUGCACUCCCCCCACCGACGGGUGCCAGCCCAGCGUCGGAGUCUGCUGAGAGGAAAGUCAAACUGGCACUCCAACUUGGUGAAGAAUUACAUUUCUAA